CGCAACACGCGCACUUUCCAUCCCGGAAGAUCCAGAAAUGAUGCCACGUAUGCCGGGUGGCGGCAGGACAACGUGCGGCACCACUGGCACUUUUUUGUCGGCAUGUCUGGUCUCCGCUUGUCAAGCCCUCCGGACCUGCGGGGAGGUCCAGUGCGGCGAUGGCCACCAGUGCUGUCCACCCAUCGCCACCGGAAACGGCAGUGCCAGCUCUGCGGUGCGCUGCUGCAAGCUCCCCAUCCACAUAUUCUUCGACAAUGUAGGCUGGUUUACGCGGAAGCUGUCGGGCAUCCUGAUCCUGUUGCUGCUUUUUGCCAUGGGCUACUUCAUCCAGCGGAUCAUCUGCCCGCGGCCCCGCCGGCACCCGCACAAUGAGCGCAGCGAGGAGCCCUCCCUCUUUCACGGGCACACAUCGGCAUCCCAGGACUCCCUGCUGGACCGGUACCCCGAGUAUAGCCUCGGGGACUUCGCCUCACCGAAUCUGCCGGCAUACGACGAGGUCAAAUAUUUACCCACGUAUGAAGAAAGCAUGCAGGAGAUGCACAGAGACCGGUCCGAUGAUAACUUGCUGUCGGAAAACGAGAGUGACGGUCAGGACAGGGUGAGAGCGGCGGGACCGAGAGCUGCAGACCAGAGACGGGAUGUCCUGGAGGUGUCAGGACCGCAACACAGCCCAAGGACAUCCCGGAACUCUGUCUGAGAUCAGGCAAAGCUACAGAGACAAUAUAGCGUUCUUAUUUUAAUAUCAUCAGGGUAAUUAUCUUGCAGAGAUAUAAACUCAAGUGCAAUUAUAAUCCUGAUUGUUAAGAAUAAAGGAGGAGGCUGAGAAAAUGUACGUGUUUUGUAAAAUUAUAGCGGAUUACUCGCCUUUUGUAUGCAAAUGACCGCUUGGGUUAAGUAAAAGGAGAUUAUGAAGAAAGCGAAGGCGGCUGAAAUUGACGGUCUUUGUGACAGGGACAGCUAAUUUGGCUCCGGGAAAAUCGCAUUAAGUUUUACUUCAGCACCUCAAUUUUAAGUGGCACCGUGAGACAGUUUUUCUUCAGUCAAAUUCUCCUCCUUUCUUAGUCUUAAUGCUAAAUAUUCUGCUGGACCCGAAAGACCUGCUUUUCUUUUCUUUAUUCUUUAUUGAAUUUGCAUACAAAAGGAAGAAUAUUUAGAUUUUUAUUUCAGUAACCUGGAAUGUAGUCUGAAAAAGGCAAUGAUGGGAUGAAUAUCAAUUUUAAUACUUUCUGCAGCACACAUCUUCUCUUAUCAGGCAGCUUUAGAUUCAUUUCAUUUAUAUUUUAUCAGCAUGAGAGCAAUACUUUCCUUAAACUGACUCACACCAAUGCACAUUCACACAUUUCAGAGGGGGCUGACUGAUGAGUAUUUUAUCAGUGACCUGAGCCAUCUUAUGUGCCUACUGUGAAAGCUGAAGUCACAGCAGAGAAGUGCAAUUUUUAAAAGUGCUCUGAUCCUGGGAGCCUUGCUGCCCGAGGCUUCAUGUAUCAGUGUCUCACAGGUUCUGAAUUCAGUAAAGCAUACUAAUAUGGUGUAAGCUUCUAAGAUACAAAGUUGUGUUUUGAUGAUAGCAUGCCAGACAAGAUUACAAAUGCUGCCCCAAGCAGAACAAACAUUAUACAUUUCAGACCAAGCUUGAAAAGACAAAAGGACAUCUAACAGAAACAGGAGGCGGUUAUUAUUUUUGUUCUGGCAUCGUGGUGUGAGAAUACCUUCAGAUCUACUUGUAUAUUGACCUCAAGUGUGUAACUGUUCCCUGCUAAUUUGUCCAGUGAGACAAAACGUUUGUUUCUGCUGCUGGAAAUCAAAACCCAAGCUGACACCACACCAUAUGUUUACCUGGAUUAAAGCUAAAGGUGUAUUUAACUGUCCAUUAAAAUGCCUCAUUGUG